GACUAAGCCAAGCACGCCAUUUGAAGCACGAAUUUUUUGGUCAAUUACUCGUCAUUGAAAGUUACUUAUUUCUUCAGGAGCAUUUCAAAAUGAUGGAGAAGAGAACCUGCAUAUCCUUAUCCUCCUGCAUACGCAUCGUUUUCUUCCACCACACUUGCUCUUGACUAGAGUUCAAUCUCCAUACCUUCUAAAGACAGCACGGAUGAAAUAAGAGAUCGACAUUCUCUCUUCCCUCGCCUCAAAAUGUCAAACUCUCAUCUCCGAUCAAAAAAUGACAAUAUCCACGUGAUCGACCACUCCAAAGAUGCCGAAGCAAACCAUCUUCACCAUGACGAUCAGGAGCGUCCCAUUCUCGCAGAUAAACUCGCUCGUUCCCUCUCAGCCCGUCAAGUACAGAUGAUCGCCAUCGGUGGUACCAUCGGCACGGGUCUCUUUCUCGGCACGGGGAAAUCACUCGCAACAGGUGGUCCGGCAUCAAUCCUCAUCGCCUAUCUCAUCGUCGGAUUCAUUGUCAUGUUAACUAUGCUUUCACUGGGAGAAAUGGCUGCCUAUGUGCCGAUUGCGGGAAGUUUUUGUACAUUUGCAGGUCGAUAUGUAGAUGAUGGAUUGGGGUUUGCUCUGACGUGGAAUUAUUGGUUCAAUGAUGCGGUGAGCACGGCGUCAGAUUUGGUCGCGCUGCAGUUGGUUUGGGCGUAUUGGGGAGAUACUGGAUUGCCUGGGUGGGGAUUGGCAUUGAUUUUUUGGGUGCUGUUGAUUUUGGCUAAUAUUAUCACGGUUAAGGCUUAUGGAGAGCUCGAGUAUUGGCUGAGUUUGUUGAAGGUGGUUACUAUCACGAUCUUCAUAAUUCUAGGAAUUGUAGUCAACUGUGGAGGGAAUACCUCCCAUACAUAUCUCGGAGCACACAAUUGGUAUAUUGGUGACGCACCAUUCGUAGGAGGAAUCGGUGGAUUUGCUUCCGUCUUCGUAACCGCAUCUUUCGCUUACGGCGGCACAGAAUCCAUCGCCAUCACCGCUGGCGAGACCAAAAACCCAACCAAAAAUCUUCCUCGCGUAGUGAAAAACGUCUUCUGGCGUAUUCUAAUCUUCUACAUCCUUUCCGUCUUCCUCAUCGGCCUCAACAUUCCUUAUAACUAUCCCGAACUCUCUAGCAAAACCACCACCACUUCCCCUUUCACCCUCGUAUUUCAAAUGGUCGGCGCCAAAGCCGCAGGUUCUUUCAUGAAUGCUGUAAUCCUCACCUCUGUCAUUUCAGCAGGUAAUCAUGCCUUGUUCGCCGGAACCAGACUUCUCUAUACCCUUUCCGUCGAUCGCCACGCGCCCCAAUUUUUCGGGAAACUAAACCGCAAUAAAGUUCCCUGGGUAGCAGUCCUAGCUACAAGUGCCAUUAGCGGUCUCUGUUUCGGAGCUAGUUUCAUUGGCGCAGGACAAUUAUGGACGUGGUUACAAAAUCUCGUGGGCGUAAGUAAUCAAUUAGCUUGGAUCGCUAUCGGAGUCACCUCGAUCCGAUUCCGUGGGGCAUUAGAACUCCAGGGGAGAACUCAUCUCUUGCCGUAUAAAAACUGGACGUAUCCAUGGGGACCCUGGAUUUGUGUAUUGCUCAAUGUGGUGAUUGUGCUUGUGCAGGGAUGGAGCUGCUUCAGCCCGACAUUUAGCGGGGUGGAUUUCGUGAGCUUUUACAUCGAGCUUCCGAUUAUGGCAGUUAUGUGGCUGGGCUGGAAGUGGUUGAAGGGGACGAAGGUGGUGAGUUAUGAGGAGAUGGAUUUGCAGACCGAUGUGCAUGUUAUUGGGGAAGAGGAUGAGAAGGAGAGGGAGAUGGAGGGGACGGCGAGGGGGAGGGUGGAAAGGGUUUUGAGGUGGAUUUUUUAGAGCGCGACAUAUAUAGACUGAGAUUGAGAAUGAGAAUGAGAAUCGCCCUUCUUUUACAGUCAUUCGUUUGUAAAUUCAUCUUCGAUAUAUCUUUGAUGUGCAAUAUUGUUUUCUUUUUUACUGUUUUCAUAAAGACGUCAAAUGUCCUAGAACUGUACUGAGACUACCAGAUAGAUCAACAGAUCUUCGAUCCUCCAAACUCUCUCUCUCUCUCUCCCCAAAAAGAAAAGUUUCGGCUCCAUUAAUUCCACAAAUUCAACUUCA